AUCGACGACCAAUUGGCGAACCACAGUCGCAUACAAAUCCUCCUUGACCGAAUCUCUCGCCUUCAGCUCCUCCAAAUCACUCGAUCCAACCGCCCAUCAUGCAUCUGAUGUACACCCUUGACGCCAGCGGCAACCGCCUCUACACCCUCAAGAAGGUCGCCCACGGCCAGGUCACCAAGUCUGCGCAUCCCGCCCGCUUCUCGCCCGAUGACAAGUGGUCUCGCCAGCGUGUCAUGCUGAAGCGUCGCUUCAACCUGCUCUUAACGCAGCAGAAGGAGGAGGCUAUGUAAAUUCGCAUCAUUGAGAUGCCCUCGAACCAUUAGCGGAACGAAAAACGAAUCUAAGCGGCUUUUAAUUGGAAGCGACCCCGGACAUCCUUUUGGGUGGAAGCAAUAUUUCCAGCGCUCUUCUCUGUGUGUUGGCGGUAUGAGAUAAUGAGGUCAGACUCUUGCUUGGAAAGCCACAUGGCCGAAACCAGCUGGGCCUUUGUUACUCUCGCAUGGUAUCGACGGCGGAAUGCAAAUGAGCAAGCAAUGUUUGUUUGGGGACAGCAGUGGGAGACAACUUGGGGAGUGCGCGUCUGGCGAAAGCUUGACUGGAUGGAUGGAUGACAAGUUCACUAUAUUCUGGAAUUGGAAUCUUUCUCAAUGAUUCGGGAAUGGAUUUGGCGUUUCUUAGGCGAUUACAUGUACUUGGGACACAUUUAUACGCAGAUAUAAAAAAAAAUCACAACCGCCUCUUCAAGGGCAUUAAAAAAAAAAAAAAAAAAA